AGGAGGUGGAGCCUAUGUGUGCGGAGGGUUCUUCCUUGGCCGCUCUCCAAUGAGCCGCACAUCCCGGCCGCUGUACAAGGGAGUGGGCCGGUACGGCUGUAGUCGGUUGUUUUGAUUGGUCAGGCCCGGGACCCGGACUCGGACUCGAGGAUUGUUCCUGUUCCGGUUCCGGUUCUGGUUCCGGUGGCUGCUCGGCAGUCACCAUGAUUGGGGACAUUUUGCUGUUCGGAACGCUGUUGGUGAACGCGGGAGCCGUGCUCAACUUCAAGCUGAAAAAAAAAGACACCCAGGGGUUUGGGGAGGAGUCAAAGGAACCAAGUACAGGUGACAACAUCAGGGAGUUCUUACUGAGUCUCAGAUACUUUCGAAUCUUCAUUGCCUUGUGGAAUAUUUUCAUGAUGUUUUGUAUGAUUGUGUUAUUUGGCUCUUGAAACUCAUGGCUUGAGAACCAGGAAACAACCUUAUAGGAUGUUGAUUCUCCGUUCCUGACAACUUUGAGAAUGUGUUUGACCAGAAACUGUUGACCUUCCUGCAGAGUAAAAGUUUGUGGGACCAUGGGUGGGGUGGGGAAAAGAUGUAUGCAAAGCUCACAAAGGUCCUUUAGCCACAGUUUUAAUUUUCAAAGGACACUUUAAUGCAGCCUCUGAAAUUCAGCUCAAUUCACAUGGUAUUUGUUAUUUUGAAAGGGAUCAAAAGUGCUGGGGUAAGUGUUCAUUCCUUCCAGAUAAAGAAAUAAGUCUAAAUCUGAUGAACUAUCCUCUAGAGAGUUGCUUUAGAAGAUCUGUGUUUAAAAUUUAUUUUUUGUGGACCCUAUUUUUGGUUUGAAAACAAAACAAAACUGGUAUUUUUGUAGUUCUCCUACUACCUGUGCACUGCUUGGUGGCUGGUCAGGUUUUAAGCUUCAGGGUGGUCCUUUUCUUUCUAGAAUUUCUAAGUAAUGAGGGUCUAGCUUUGCUGGACCAGAAAGUGAUGAUUGCACUGUGACUGGCAAGGUUCUCAUCCCUAAUUCAGGAUAGAUGUUCGGGCCCACUGGUUAGUGUGCUAAUUUACUACAUUACUUUAGGGAACAGGUACUCCUUUAUAGGAGAGGCUAAUUUUAACACCUCGACAGAGGGAGAAAGGGAACCUUUAUGGAUUCAGUGAGACACUUAAAAGAUUUAAAGAAGCUCAGCUCUUAGUGUUUGGUACCAGCAAUUUUUAGGGAAAACAUUGUGAAAGCUCUAUCUUCACCUCAAAGCCCUUUUAGUCAAGGUAUUUUAUUAAGUAAGGGCCAAGAUAUUGUUUAGCUUUGAUAUUAAGGCUACAUUUUAAGUGUUUAACCUCCCCGGGACUGCCUUUUUAAGUGGUAAUUUAAAGGGCAAACAGAUUGGCACUACUAUAUGUAAUCCAAUGAUUUUUGUACUUCUCAGCUUCAAAAGCAAAGAAAUAAGAAAUUAAAUUGCCAAAAGGAAACUCUGGGGGGCAGAUCACUACACUCAAGAUGACUCUUUUGUUAUUGUUCGUUUUUAAAAAUUCUUUGUUUGUGAAGAAUCCCAGGGAGGAAAAAGGCAAAUGUGGAGACUUGCAGAAAUGAAUACUGAAAAUAAAUAAAACUCAUCUGUAAAAGGGGUCUAUGGCUUAUACUUUCUUUACUAAGAAAUUGAUGUCAUUCAUAUUUCCAGUUUCAUAUGUCUCAGAGGGGAAACACAAGGGAUUUGCUUUGGAGUGCUGUUAAAAUUCCAUUCAAUCCACUGAAUAUUUUUUAAAUUGUUACUGAUAUAUUUUGUUUUAAUAUUAUCCACAUUUCCCACUGUAUCACUAUCCUAACCCCCUCCCAGAGAGCCAUCCUUAGAGUAAAGAAUAAGAAAGAGGAAGAAAGAAAAAUUCAGAAAACUAACUGACAGAGCAAAAAAGUCUUGGUCAUUGUAAUUUUGCACCAUUUGGCUCCUGCUGUUAUUUAGAAAUAACAUGCAACAACCACCUGUUGUAAUCAUUGUGUGUCUUCCAGAUUCUGCUUACUUCAUUUUGCAGCACUUCAUAUGUGUUUCCUUGCCUCUGUGUUCACCAUUUCUUACAACAUUACGUUCAUGGACCUCAGUUGGUUUAGCCAGUCCCUGGAGUCCCUGGUCAUCCACCUUGUUAACAAUUCUGUGUUACUAGAAAAAGUGCUACUAGAAUUAUUUUGGUAUAUAUGAUGCCUUUUUGUCAUUGACCUCCUUAGGGUAUAUGCCUAACAAUAGAAUGUUUACAUCAAAAGGUAUGGACAUUUUUGUAACUCUCUUUGCAUAGUUCCAAGUUGUUUUUCAGAAUUGUUGGACCAAUUCCCAGGCCUACCAAUAAUAUGUAUCCUCCCAGCAUUGAUUGUUUCUGUCUUUCAUCAACUUGCCAGUUUGUGGGGGGUGAGUGAAGCCUUUGGUUGUUUUGAUUUGUAUUUGUUAUUACUAAGGAUUUGAAGCAUUCUUCCUUAUUGUUAAUAGUUUGUAAUUCUUUUGAGAGCUAUUCAUAUCCUUUGACCACUUAUCUUUUGGGGAAUUAUCUCUUAGGGAAUGGCUUUUGGUUUUAUGUAUUCAUUAUUUCCCUUGGAUAUCAGACCCUUAUUAGUGAUAUUUGAUACAAAGUUUUUUAUCCCAGUUGACUGCUUUCCUUCUUUUCCUAGUUGUUCAGUUUUGUUGACUGAAUGCUUUUUAAUACCUGUUCUUUCUGUCCCCUUUUCUGUUCCCCUUUGUCUCCUUGUUGUGCUCUCUGCAUUUGCACACAUUAUCUCUCAUGCCUGGAAUGGACUUCCUAUAUUCUCUCCCCUUUCCCCCCACCCUCUUUCAAUUCCCUAUUCCUUACUCCCUUUUCUAGUGAAGUUAUUCUUUUCUUUCGAAGCCCAGUGCAGGAGUUACCGCCUUCAUGAAGCCUUCUUGGAUCUACUGAGAUGAAAGUUGUUGGUCUUUCCCUCUUUGAAAUUCUCCUAGCUUUUUGUCUGGUUUUGUCUUUUUACUUUCUUCAUUCUACUUUUUUAUUUCUUCCCUUUCCCCUGCCAUUAGAUUGCAAAUUCCUUGAGAAUUUGUUUAAUUUCUACAUUUGUAUCCCUACUAUGCUAAGACACAGUGACUUGCACAUAGUAGGGGCUCAAUAAAUGUUUGUUGUAUUCAAUUGCAUUGAACUGUCUUGGGCACUGGGGGUGAUAUAAAGAUGAAUAAAGCACCGUUUGCUCUUA